AUGUCAAAUUAUCUUCCCGAAGCCUUGGUUAUGGAAAUCCUCCUUCUGCUACCCACAACAACACUUGUUAGAUUCACCACAGUGUGCAAAGUUUGGAAUGCAAUGAUAAAGAGCCACACCUUCAUCUCCUUACACUUUCAACGCCCUCUCUCACACCCCUCCUCUCCUAACCUUCUCAUCCAAAACAAUAAUGCCCAAUAUUCCCUCUACUCCUAUGAAGUUGAUGGCUUUCAUAAAAUAGGAAAAUUCGAACACACAUUUUUGGUUCGUCUCCCAAACCUUUUCUUUGUGGGCACCAUCAAUGGUCUUGUUUGCCUCUCUGACCAUUGCUUCAAUUACAAGAAUGAUAUCAUUCUAUGGAACCCUUUGAUCAAGAGACAUGUCCAACUCCCGGUGCCACAUUUCACUUUCGAAACAUUGUGUGGCGUUUACAUUUCAACUCUUGGGUUUGGGUUUGAUUCCAAGAAGAAUGAUUUCAAGGUGGUGCGGAUUUGUUAUGUUAGUUUCAAGGCUCCACCUAAGGUUGAGUUAUAUUCACUCAACGAGGGUUCUUGGAAGGUCAUCGAUGCUUCAUAUGUAGAACUAAAUGCGGUAUAUUCGGGGUCACAAUGUGUUUUACAUGGGAAUGUGCAUUGGCUUGCCUACAAGGACAUGCCAAGUGAUCUUUUUCAACAAAAUUAUAUUCUAAUGUUUGAUGUGGUGGAGGAGAAGUUCAACACCAUUGAUUAUCCAAAGGGGUUAGGAACUACAUCCAACUUGGACAUUUUUGUAAUCGAAUAUUGCCUUUCGCUAUUAGAAUAUGUAUUUGAUGGAACAACAAUUGCUUGUAACAUAUGGAUGAAAGGAGAGACAUGGUCUAAGACUUUCCACAUUAAUUUUGAGGAAACAAUUAAUGAGUUGUCCACAAUGGAUGGUCAAAUUUUCAGGUUUGGAGUUGAAAAGAUAUGGGGACUCGGAACAAGUGGUGAGGUGUUGGUGCUCCCAAUCUCAUAUCAUAGACCAGAUGAUGGAAUAGUAUCCUCAUACAUAUAUUCCUUUGAUCUUAAGACCAAAAAGAUAAUAAAGGUUCUCCGAGAAAGAAUUAAACCAACAUGGUUCCAUGCUAGUAACUUCACACCGAGCUUGGCUUUAUUUGACACAAAAAGCAAUGAAGUCUCAUGCACUUUGCGCAAGGGCAAAACUAAAAACUUUAUUACAAAUGCUUGGCAUCAUGCACUUUUAUAUUUAUUUGGCCGCAAGUAA